GAACAGAUGUGGACUCAUUACGUCCAUAUCGGGUCCAACAACCUUUUGAUAUAGAUUUUUAACGUAAUUGUACAAAAACAUGGUUGAUGAAAUAUAUUUUAGAAAACUCAUUUUUAAAUAUGAAAAUAUCUAUCAAACUAUAGACGGUUGAAAGUUUAGUAUAUAAUAUGAGAUUUUAGUGGGAAAAUUUAUAUAUGAUAUGAUUACGUUAUUAUAAAGGAAAGAGGAAGUUAAAAUGUACACUUAUAUGUUGUGUAGCUUCUCUUGCAUUAAAUUAUAUAUUAUAUGAUAAAAGUGAUAAUAUAAAACAUUAAUUUCAAUGCUUUUAUGAUUAAAAGUCAAAAUGGUAAACAUAAUAAUAUUAAUGAUUAAGAUUUAGGAGUGGUAUUUGAAUAAAUAAAGGAAUUGAAUAAAUUAUUGUUAGAGAAAUAUAUGAUAACAUAUUGUUAGUCUAAGUUUGAGUUAAAUAAAGUGUCCAAACAACUUUGUUAGGUAGAUUUUUUAAGACUUCUUCCUUUUUAAUAGUAUUGAUUUAUCAUGUUACUCUCUAAACAUUUUGAAAACCAAACCAAGAUCGACUCAGUAUAUAUAUUGGUUGAUUGGUCUGACCAGUUUAACCUGCUUAACGAGUUUUAAAUUUUUUUUAUAAUUAUAUAUGUAUAUAUACCAUAUGCUUUAAGAAAGAAAAAUGAAUUCUAUAUGAACUUAAAUUAUUAACAUAAUAAGAUUAACAUUCAAAUCACCAUGUAUAUUUUUUCUUACCACAAAAUUUCAAAUGUUAUAUUAAUGGAAAAUUUUGAAAACAUAUAAUAUUUAGAUAACAAGUGGGAAUAAGACAUAAUUUUUCGUAUGAAAUAAUAUGUGAAAACUGAAAAGACAAAAACUAAUUAAUCACUAACAGUUUCAUAACAAAAUUCUUAGAACAAUUAAAAGACUAUAAACUAUGUUUUAGUUUAGCAGAAUCCAUGGUUUUUUUAUCCGGGCCGGAGUUUUUCAAAUACAGUUUUUAUUGUUCCAAAUCAUCGGUUCUACUGGAUUUUUCCAGUUUUUCUCAAAUCCAAGUUGACUGGCCUAAUCAGUUUAACGGGUUUUUAAAAUUUUACUGUAUAUUAUAUAUGUAUAUAUACCAUGUUUAAAGGAAAAAAUGAAUUCUAUGUGAACUUAAAUUGUUGACAUACAUAAGACUAACAUUCAAAUCACCAUACAUAUUUUUUCUUACAACAAAAUUUCAAGUCAUCGGUUUUACUGGAUUUUCUAUUUUUUUUCAAAUCCCAAAUUUUAAACUGAAUCGAACUCAACUUAUUAGACGAGUCAUGGUCGGACUGUUUUCGAGUGGUUGGCCCGGUCUGAUUUCCAAAACAUUGCAAUGUUUAUAACAUAAAAUAUCCCGCGCUUUUAAAGCGCGGGUCAAAAUCUAGUAUAUCUUUAAAUUUGAAGUAAUAUUGUUAAAACAGGGUUGGAGAUAGUUUUAGUGUCUCUUGAGUCGUGACCUCAUACUAAUGUUUCCAGUUAUUGUUUCGCUUAUCACAAUUAUAAGCGAGAAACUAGUCCAUAUAUAUGCAGUAAACAACUUUUAGUGCUUUAAGUUUUUUUUUUACGGAGAUUUAUACUUCGAAGAAAAUAAUGUUGCUAGAAUUGUGAAAGUGGUAUGUUUGUUUGGCAGUGGCCAAUUAGUCAUAUGAGAAUACAUGUAACAAAACAUCCUUAUGGGAGGCAUAAUCUACUUGGUGAUUCAAUGAGAAUAUAAAUGCAACAAGACAACAAUUAUUAGUGCUUUAAGUUCUUAUGGAAAUCAAAUUUGGAAAAAGUAACAUAGGUAAGAUUGUUUUAAAAUAGUACAAUAUGUGUAGAUUUUGGUGAGACUGUUGUAGCCACAUCAAAACAAAAUAUCAUAAAUCAAUGAUCGAAUUAACUUGGUAUUUUGAAACCAGUUACUCAAAAUCAACGAUAAUUUACGUGAAGAUAUAUGUAAACCAGUUAGUGAUAGUUGACCCAAUUGGCAAUUGGCAAUUUUCAAAUCAGAAAGUUUAUUUCAGCAAGAACUGCUCUCCUUCAAUGAUUUCAAUUUUCACAUAAUUUUCGUGACUUGAAUAUAUAUAUAUAUUUUUUCCUUAUGAUAGGUGAAGUUUUAAUAUAUAAAAAGUUCAUUCUAUUUAUUAUCUUAGUUUAAGUAUUGAAAGAAAUACAAACUUAAUAAAAUAAUUGGUAAAUUAAAAAUUAAGUAAAAAUAAGUAAAACACAAGUAAAAAAAAAGCAAAACAUGCUUUUAUUUUAGAAAAAUAUAAUAUUAAAAAGUGGAAACAUCUUUUCUAUUGUGCACACCAGGGUGUCUAGACAGUAAGCUUGUGAAGGGAAAGAUUGUGUUGUGCGAUUCCGCGGAGUAUACGGAAGAUGUUCAAUCUAAGUAGCAGCUGGGAUACAGUUCCAAGUCAACUUUUCUAGAACAUUAAGGAACGUUGGCAUGUGGUCCACAUACAAAGCAGAGGUUUCCAGGAGUAAGUUGGAAGUCAGAGUAAUUCCAGAAACCUUGAAAGUUAAAUUCAUAUUAUUGUAACUGUACAUAAGAGUUUGUGAUUACAUACUUAGGCCAAGUCCAACGGAACUGUAAAACGCCAAAAUAGUGAUGUAUUUGAUGAUUUCUCUCUCCAAUCACACUGCAAAAACAACGCCAUUUUUGUGUGAUUCCCUUCCUUGCUACAGUGUCACACUAUAUUUGGUGUAACACUGUAGCAACGGCAAAACCUUUUUUUUUUUUUUUUGUAAAACUGUUUAUUUUAAUAUUGUUUGACCAAAAAAUAUUGUUUAAUUAUAUUUGACUAUAUUUUUGUUACAGCAUUAUGUUUUAAUUAGAUCUGAUAUUUUAAUUAAAAAAAAUAUACCAUAUUUCUUUUGUUAUCUUUAACAUUGAUUUAAUAUAAAAUAUUAAUUUAUAUGAAAACAAAUUAAAAACUAGAUUAAAAAUACAUAACAAAGUUUAGUUCAAACACAAGAAAUUUAAAUUGCAAUAUUAAAACUAAAAAAUAAAAAUUGCAUACAACAAAAGAACUUUUAAAAAUAGGCCGAGAUAAAUAUCUAAUAAUUAGGGAAAUUAUUAUUCAUCCCAUUAAAAUAAUUAGAAUAAGUUAAUAUAUGUUAGUCAUAAAAUAUUAAAUAUUCUACUAAAAAAUUAAAAACAAAGAAUCUUUUUAAUAAUUUAAUAAUAGAGAAUAUUCUUUUUAGUGUAAGAUUUGGUGUUGUGGUUGGAAAGUCAAAAACAUUUAGUGCUAAAACUGCACUAAAAUAGUAUAAUUUUGACACUAAAAUAGUGUUAUGGGUUGGAGAUGCCCUUAGUGAUUCUUGUAUAUGUGUCCAAGAAAGUUUCAAUGACUUAGUGGUAACUGCCCUAUAUUUAUGUCAUACUAACCUGGUUUGAUCCUUUCCUUUGCAUUGUUUUUUCAUUUUUUACGAAAAAAUAAAUAAGAUGACGUGGCAACUUCGGGCUCUUUGAUUGGCUGAUUUUCCUAUCAUACGUGGACAUACUUUUUCCAUGGCUUAUAUCCUCUUUUAGUAUUGUAUUGAUCUUUGUUUAUUUUUAGUAUAUAGAACAUUAAAUACAGAGUAAAUAUAUAAAAAUCUAGUCUAUGUUCUCCAAUUAUUUACUGUAUUUUACUUAUUCAAAAUUGACCAUUUUUAAUUAUCUAUGUUUUCCAUUGUUCACUGACUGUUGCUGGAAUUGUUAUAUCUCUCGUUUUAAUGUUUAGUUUUUUUUAAAACUAAAGUUCAACAAAAUUAUUUACGUUGGAAUAUGUUUUCAUAAGUUAUUAAACGUAUUGUCAAUAAUAUUAAUCGAACAUGAACUAGUUAAAACACUUGGUUAUUCAAAAUUUGUGAAUAACUUUGAAAGAAAAUUUGCAAAAAUUUUAUUGAUAUUUAUGUAUUUUAUAUAAAUUUUUUAAAUUUUAAUAAUGUUAAAAAUGCAAAAAAAAAAUUGUAACUAAGGGGCAAUAUUUUUUGAAUGUGCUUUAGGCACCACCGGACUCCGGACCGGCACUGCAGUUGAGUCUGGAACUUACAUGUCUUGCCGGCACGUUGCUGGAGCUUCCGCCUACAUCAAGACCUUUCACCCUGAAUGGUCUCCUUCAAUGAUCCAGUCCGUGAUUAUGACUACAGGUAAACAAUUUUCAAUCAGAAAAUUUACUUCAGCAAGAAAAUGAAUAUUAUGGAGUGUUAUGUAAAUAUUAUAUAGUAUGUUACCUAUUAUGUACUAUGUGAAUAUUGGUGUAGUCUAGGGUUACAGACGUUUGUAUAUAUACCCUAUUGGAGAUAAUAAUACAGUCACAAUAUGCGUUGUUUUUGUACUGGAACAGAGCUUUCUUGUUCUUUAUAAUGUACCUGUUUUAUGUGUGUUUCUUGCAGCUUGGGCGAUGUCCAUGGAUCAGGGCGAGUUUGCUUAUGGAGCAGGCCAUGUGGACCCAAUAAAAGCUGUUAAUCCUGGACUCGUCUAUGAAGUUGAUAAAUCGGAUCACAUUAAUUUUCUCUGCGGAAUGAACUACAUUUUGAAAAUGCUUCAACUCAUUUCUGGUGAAGCCGUCACUUGCACCGGUAAGACGCUCCCAAAAAACCUCAAUUACCCUUCCAUGACGGCUAGAGUAGCAGCUGGGAAACAGUUCCAAGUCAACUUUUCUAGAACAUUAAGGAACCUUGGCAUGCGGUCCACAUACAAAGCAGAGGUUUCGGGAAGUAAGUUCGAUGUGAGGGUAAUUCCAGAAGCCUUGUCUUUGAACACAAUGCACGAGAAGGAAUCCUUCGAGCUUACUUUGUCUGUUUCAGGGAAUGGUUCUGAAGACGGUAAACUGGUGUCUGCUCAUUUGAAGUGGUCUGAUGGCGUGCACAUUGUGAGAAACCCCAUUGUUAUUUAUGCUUGAGAAGUAAUUAAUUAGUGUUAUGUUGCUUGUCUAAUCUAUUGUUUUUCAUAAACCGUCAUCUGAAAAGUAUAUUAAAUGCAUCUUUGAACUUACCUUGAUACAGACUUUACGAACCCUCUUCCUUUACCUAAUAGUAUCCCAAAUUGAUCGUCAGUUCCUCCUUCAACGUCCAGGUAUUUUCAUAAUCUCUAUGAUCCGCUGUGCUUUAUUUUGUGUGAUUGAUCAUUUUCAAGCUAUUGAGUACAAUCCGGCUUUGUUUUGAGUUUUGACUCUUUGAAGCUACAAGUUUAAAAGAAUCAAAAGUCAUAUGAACGGGAUCCUCUUGCUUUUUCCACCUUUUGAGUUUCUUCUCUUGAUAUUGUUUUAUUUAUUUUGAAAAUAGAGACUGAGCAAUCCCUUUGCUUAGGCGAUCAUUAGGCCAGUCAUCAACUUCAAGAGGGAUCCAUGGCCAAGAGUCUCUGACACUGCCAAAGAACUUGUUAGAAAGAUGCUUGGACCUGACCUCCAGGAGCUGAUUAACAGAUUUUGUUUUAAAUUAUGGCGAGUUUGUGUCUGUCUCUGUGCAUUUUGAGAAGAUUGCGACCAACAAAAGUUUGCAUAAGGCUUUUAGCUUUGUCGACCAGAACCAGAGCGAGUACAUAGAGGUUAAGGAGCUCCGGCGAGCUUAAAAUUACGAGUACAUCCUUGUGGUGCUGAAACACGAAGUCAUGGUGAGCUUUUACCAGCGCAUGUUCGAACCAUGUCGCUUAGACUUAAAUUUUUUUGUUUCCUAUGUGAUCACUAUUGAAAAUGAUGACACGUAAAAUGAGUAUCAAAUACUAAGAAAAUGAAACUUAGUGGUAUGUAGACUGGUUUUUAAUAUACAAGAUAAAUUUGUAUCUGAUACUUUUAAAUUUGUAAAAACUCUUUUUUUUUUCUUGUUUAAAUGUAACAUAUAAUAAAUCACGUAUAUGGUAACAAAGAAAAUAAUAAAAAUACAUAAAUGAGUAUAAAUACGGUUAAACAUCAAAUCAAUGAAAGAUAUCACAGAUGACUAAUUUAUAUAAUUUGGGGAAUCGACGAUGUUAAUGAUUUUCUUAUUCAAACUAUAAUGUAUUUGUUUCUAUUUAUGUAUAUAAAAAAAAUUAACAAUCAUGUUUGAAACAAUAUUGAGCAAUAUAUAUAUGUAGAGAGAGUUGCACAAUAGUUAUAAGAGAAAUAGGAAAAUAUGUUUCCUUUGCCUGGCUUUCCUCCAUGUAAAAACUCUGUCUGCUCCGGUCCAGAGUGUUGUGCUGCCGGUAUGUUUCCAGUGUGAUUAUUAGAGACAAUAUGUGGAAUAUCCCCAAUUAAAGUCCAAAUUUGCUGAAUGCCUAUAAUUAUGGAUAACCCAAAAAGGAGUAACAUUUUGAUAUUGUGCGGACGAAAAUACCCUUAUGCUUUGUCGAAAAUAAGUAACUCUAGAUCUAUCAACUAAAUAUUUACAUAGCAGGUAACAAUCUACAUAACAACUAACAUAUCCGCUAAUAAUUUCAGUAUCAUCUAAUAAUCUAUGUAUCAAACAAAUGUAUCGACUAACAAAUCAUAUAUCAGUUAAUGAAACUAUUAACAAUUAAUUAGUUAUCUAUUAAAUAGCUCUAAAUCUAUUUGUAACAGCUAACACUUCAUGUAUCGAUUAAGAAUCCAUUAAAAUCUAAAUAAUAGCAGGUAAGUAAUAAAAUACCUGCUAACGUAUAUAUUAUCUAAAAGUUGAUUGUGAUUCGAAAUUGGAAACAUUGGAAUUGGGGUGAGAUAAUAAGAUUAGCAUUAUGAGUGUCAAAAGAAUCAGAAUAAAAAAAUAAAGAUUUGUGUUGAAUUAGAAGAUGAUUUGAAGAAUUUGUACGAGAGAUAAAGAGAUUAGAACACAUAAAAGGGAGAAGAAAGAGAGAUAGAGAUAAGGAUAUUAUAGUCACUAAAAAUAUUAAAAAGAAACAAGGUUAUAUGGCAAAUUACAUGGGUUUCUGGGUGCAUCUACGCCAAUUACUCCUGAUUAUUAUUAAUUUUAAGAGUAAUUGGUGCACAUACACCUAAACUGAACACUAAUUUAGUUUCUACCCACCAUUUUACCGUGUCAUUUUACUUCCCAUUAUACCUUUAUCCCACUACACAAGCCUACCACAUAGCUUCUGCAUGCGUCAGUGAAGUGUUCCUUUUAUCCUCUGGUUUAAACAAUACUACUAGAUAGAUGUGGGUAUAGGAGUAACAGUGUCUGCUGCUUUUCGGGUGAUGCAAAUUCUAGAGAAUCAAGAGUCUCAUUAAUUCGAUAGACAGCUAAUAACCAUCUUCUUUCAUAUCAUCAAUUUGUCCCCACUGCCUUUGGUUUUGAAUCACCAGAAUAAGAAAUCAACAGAUUGAGUAUCGUCUAUGUUUUUUUUUGGUAAACAUGUUAAGAUUAUACCAAAUUUUUCUGUUUUUUACAGACAGACAUAGAUCACAAGAAGCAGAGCAAAGUAAUACAAGCUAACAGAGACUCAGACCUAAAAUACCAGACCUAUCUACAAGAUUAACAGCAGAAACAAGAAGGAAACAUCAGAGAGUGAACAUUCGCUCGAGUAUCGUCUAUGUUCUCUUGUCCUCUUUGUUUUCUUAGCUUCUUUUGUUCUUGUUUUUCAGUUCCAAAAACCUUUAUAAUAAAAAAAAACUGAAAACAUCAUCUAAGAUCGUUUGAAAUGUUUCUUCUCUCUUAUUAUCUUAUAUAUUAAAACAGAAGUCACAACCUUGAUUCAUGUGUGAUAUUUUAAAAAAUGAACCAUUACUAAAAAAUCAUAUUUCAUUUAUUCUCUAAUUAUAUCUUUAUCUAUAAUCGUAACUAUAAUGACACGUAAGCCUAAAAAUCUGGUUUGGUUAACCAGUAUACGUUUUCUUCACCGUUAACACAUUACAAUGUCAAAUCUCAUUAGAACCAUCAAACCUAACAUUAUAAAAAUAUUCAGCCGGUUUGUUCAAGACAUUUGAUAAAAAAAAUAUAUCAUACUUUCACAAUUCUGACCAUGAAUUUUACAUACAUUAUAAAUUCAUUCAUCUAUCUAAAACUAGAUUAAUCAUAAACCGGUUCUGACCAACAUUAUUAUAUAUAUAUAUAUAUAUAUAUAUAUAUAUAUAUAUAUAUAUAUAUGAUAAUUUAAUGUUUAUAAUACAUUUGUAGUGGGACUAUACUUCUGGUUAACAAGUUUUGACCAACAUAUACAUUAAAUUAUAAAACCAUACAUAUAUCUAAAACCAUACUAAUCAUUCGUAGUGUGCUCUGUUUCAAACCGGCUUUUUUUUUUUGCAAAGCAAGUAAUCAAAAUUAAAAAUAUGUUGCAACAGAAAUAUCUUACUUUCCGAAUAUUCACUGUUUAUUCCCUAAGAAGUUCUUAUAUGUUUAAACUGACCACGCAAAAUAUUAAAAAAAGAUACGAUUAUUUUUCAAACAAUUUUGGCGUAAGGGUUACGACUUAGAUUAUACUAGAAAAUCUAACAAAUACUCAAAAUAUAUUAAAAUAUCCGAAAAAGAUCUAAAAUUAUUUCAUUAUUAGCUCGACCAGCUUUAAAGCCAACAGGCUUUAAAAACAAUGUUUAAGAAUUUUAAAAACAAAGAAGAUAAUUAAACAAAAAUUCAACACAAACGUAUUAGCUGUUGUUAACACUAGAGUUCAAAUCUGUUUUGUAUAUUAAGGAUCACCAUGUAUCCUAUGCAGUGUCACUGAAUAUUAAACCUUAAUUCAAGAACCAUGGUUAAAAUUCAGAGAUCCGAGUUUCACGUAAUGUUCAAGGUAUAUGAUUUUUGUCUCAACUCAUCGGAUCACAGACAUCUUGCAUAUUACUGAGAUUUCUAAAUCUAAAAGAUAAAGUCUUUACAAGAUCUUAAUUUUCAAAAAAUAUAUGUAAAUAUUUUCACCAAUUUCGUAAUUAAUUUUGAAAUAUUAUUAUACAUUAAUAUAUUCAGUUAUCAUUUAUGAAAUAAAAGUAAAAAUUUUAUCCUAUUUUUUUUUUAUCUAUUAUAUAGUCAUAAUCAAUCAUAU